CAAGAUGCAUCAGCAGGUGAUGUGAAUUGCAAUCGUUGCAGAUUGUUGGCGGAAUGUCAAACCUUCCUAACCUCAACGGGCUGUCGGAAUGUAUACUCUUUGGGAAAAAGUUGGGAUAAUUUUCAAGUAUCUCAUGAAAAAGAUUGGGAGAAUUGUGUGAUUACGCAUUAAGAAAAGUUGUCUCAUAUUGGUUGUUGUAAUUAACAAGGUUAGACGAGAGACGUCAUAUAACCUCGAGGAGAGCCUUGAGGUUGAAGGCGCAAAUCUAUCGCCCGGUGGAACAACACAGCAAAAGCCCUUCCCUCAGGGUGCACUUUCGCCGUCCGAAAUUGCAUUUGACUGUAAGAAUCUGCCGUCGCCUAAGUGGCGCGAGGUGCAACGUAAUUAUGAGGUCUUGCAAAAAGUUUCUGGAAUAUAAAUUCUGAUCUGCUUUCACGUUGACACUGAUACAACGUCAAUGAAAGAGGAGCGCACAGUGAGAGAAACGAUCAUGGAGAGCACUCAAUCGUUGUACAUCAGCCUCUUCAGCGAGGAGAAGAGCGACGUCUUGAAGGAGCUGUUGCACGCGUGCGUCGACGAGAUCUGCGGUCGUCCGGGACCGUCGUAUCGCAAAUUCGCCAACAGCAUGGAUUGGAGCAGAGCGGAGUACGAAGGGGUUCACAAGCUGAUAUCGUCGUUAUUGCGGAAUCCCGCCUCUCUCUAUCUGGUGGAGGAGAAGAUGCCACAAGAAUACCACGAGUUACCCGAGCAAGUGCAACAGAAUAUUCUUACUUGCUUGAAAGUGCGCAGGGAACAACUGACGGACGCUCUAUUGAGGGAGCAUUACAAGAGGAAACUGCCGACCGUGAUCGAUCACGAUUGGAGAUUGAAGUUGGUAAUGGGUUCGAGCAAGAUGGCCUCGUUAAGAGAAUCUCUGCUCCAGUUAGAUCUCACAAUAGAAGAUAAGGAGUCUCGACGCAUCACGAAUUUGGAACUGAACAAAGACGAGCUAGAUACGUUAAUAAAUGCUUUAGAAAAGUUAGUGUGAUACGUUUUGAUGUUUUGAUGAAGAAAAAAAAAGAAUUUGUACAUAACUCCCAUAAGUAUCAAGGUAUAUUAAGUUGUGAUAUUGUGCAGGACACACAGUGAUGAAAUAAAUACUCCCCGCUGUUA